CUUCUCCUCCUCCUGCAUUUUGGACCUUUCGGGAACUUGAGAACUAAUAAUUGCUAUACCUUCAUUCUAUAUCGGUUGCAAUGCUGGGUCCUGAUCUAUGCCUAUCGCCGGUGCUGGCGCCGUCAUUUGCUCGCUUUGGCAUCCUCGUGAUCAGAGGGUUUGCGAAAGAUCAAAGUUGAGUAGAAGUAUAUUAGCCGUAGGAUUUCUUUUAUUUACAUCCGACGGCUAAGAUUAAAAAUAAUUGGCAAUAAACCCUAAAAAGAUGAUGUCCGUCAGCCUAAUGGUCCUAUUAGGGUUUUGGGCUUGAAAGCGUCCAAGCCCAUUUUUUUGGCUUAAAACGAACGGUCGCAUAAGUGGCUUUUAAAAUCUUAGAGCCGCUAACCGACUCUGCCAAUUGCCAAACAUGGCCUAAGUGCCUAACCUCUCUCUUCCCCCGCCAACGGCACUCCUCUUUCCAACAAUAAAACCUCCAGUGCUUCCCCGUAUCAGAAGAAGAUCGCUCUAUCUGUCAGAGUCGCCUUCUCUCUGGACUCCUUCCCCCAUUCUCUGUUUCUCUUCCUCCGCCAGGCUUCCCGUACUCUGUCACUCGACUAGCGUUAGCGUCCCCGUCUAUGACGCUGAAUUCGCCUCCCGAGUCGGCCAGGAUCGUCUGUUGAAGGUUCCCGUCUCGAACAUCAGAAAUUUCUGCACAUUGAUCAUGGAAAAUCAACUUUGGCCGAUAAAAUUGCUUCAGAUGACGGGAUCCCGUCUCGAACAUCAGAAAUUUCUCCACAUUGAUCAUGGAAAAUCAACUUUGGCCGAUAAAAUUGCUUCAGAUGACGGGUACUGUCCAGACCAGAGAGAUGAAGGAGCAGUUUCUUGAUAACAUGGAUCGGGAGAGAGAAAGAGGCAUCACUAUCAAACUACAGGCUGCUCGAAUGUGCCAUAUGUUUCGUAAUGAUCCUUAUUGCCUGAAUUUAAUCGAUACUCCUGGUCAUGUGGACUUCUUCUAUCAGGUUUCCCGUUCUGUUGCGGCUUGUGAAGGUGCUCUUCUUGUUGUAGAUGCUUCUCAGGGAGUGGAAGCACAGGCAUUGGCUAAUGUUUAUUUGGCUUUGGAGAACAACCUAGAGAUCAUCCCUGUAAGGCUGUUUUAAACAAAAUAGAUCUUCCCGGAGCUGAACCAGAUCGCGUUGCACCUGAGAUUGAAGAGUUUGGUGGACAAAAAGAAGGGCUUAUAGUUUAUAAUGGGUGCUUGUAGUUUGUAUUCCAUUUACCGAAUAGUUUCACGAAAGAAAAACAUAGGGAAAGUGUCUUAUAAUGACAAUAUCUUCUUUCCAUCUAGUGUUUUUGCUUUGGGCAGGGUUCUCCACGGUUGGAAUAGACGGGUAACUUCCUAUUCAUGACCAUUGACCAAGAAGUACUGGAUUCUCUUUCAGAUAGGUCCUAAAAGGCGAAGGAGGGCUAGAAUGCCAACAGGCGUCUUUUCAGACAGAAAUGUGAAAGUUGACACGUGUAUUUACAUAGGUUGUUGGUUUAGAUUGCAGCAAUGCAUUACUCUUCUCUGCAAAGUGUGUAUGUGUGCUAUGAUUCGGGGAGGAGGAGGAUCUCCUUGUGUUUAUAUACAUGUGAGGAGAUGCUGAAACAUUGGGGCUCUUUGCAGGCAUGCAUUGGUUCAAAGGUGAUUGCUAGUGAACCUUUGUGUCUGCCGUAAGGAAGGAUAUUUUGUUUAAGUACUAUGGUAUGACAGUAAUUCCUUUUUUUCCUGCUAUUUUCAGCAUAUAUUUGGACAUAUUUGCCAUUUUGAAGAAGUGUAAUUAUGAAAACUAGUUCACGCAAGAGUUCAUCCUCACAGCAUGCAUAAUUCAGUAAAAUUUGUACUCCUAGCAUGUAUGCUUAUUGGGUGUAUUAACUAUUCCUAAUGUUUUUGUACAUUCACCUCAUAAUUGCUUCCUUCAUUUCAUGGCUGACUAUCUUCCUCCACAAACUACUAUCACACCCAAACCUCUGAUAGCAUAAGUGCCCCUGGAUGUACCUUAUUGUAUAACAUAACUGUUGCUCUAAGGAGCUCUUGUGAUGGUCUGCUCCUUAUCUCUUGCACAAGAUGCAAGAUUCGAUUUUCCUCUCCUUCCAAAAAUUAACAACAUAACACAUGACCUGUUGAGGAAAAAAAGCAUGAUGAUUGCUCUUUUUUCUCUGUAUUCUUGUAGGUGGGGACAUCACAAGGAAGAAGAAACUGCUUGCAAAAAACAGAUAAUCCUAUUUUAACUGCUAGAGAAAUAAUAAUAAGACCGUUAAGAACUUGCUGUGGUGCUCGUUCUUUAAUUUACUUUAAUCUAUUUUCUUCUCUCUUUUUUAACUGUAUGGUUCCAGAUUAGGGAUAAGCUGAUUGCAGUCUCAGAUUUUAACGCAUGUUGGAAACCAUUUUGUGUCCUCUUAGAUGAUGUUAAAGUUUGGUUUCCUCUUUCUUGAUGGGAAUUUUUGAAAUUUUUUGGGGACCCUAAAUUGUUUCCGCCUAAUGUUCAUUUGAUUGCUAAAUAAUUAAACGUCAGUAGGAGGUGGUCACCUAGUCUUUUAUCAUUUAGGUUGCAUUGUAGACUGUUUUCUACCAUCUGAA